ACGUGGUCAUCCAGGCCCCGCCCCGCAGCCCAGCCGGAAGGGCCGGCGGACGUUCGCUAGGUCGGCUCGCUGGCCCGGGCUCCGCGGCUCCCGUGGUUGCCAUGGCGGCGGUUGUCGCAGCGACGAGCUGGUGGCGGCUGUUGCUGGUGCUCAGCGCCGCGGGGAUGGGGGCCUCGGGCGCCCCGCAGCCCCCCAACAUCCUGCUCCUGCUCAUGGACGACAUGGGAUGGGGCGACCUCGGGGUGUAUGGAGAGCCCUCCAGAGAGACCCCUAAUUUGGACCGGAUGGCUGCAGAAGGGAUGCUUUUCCCAAACUUCUAUUCUGCCAACCCUCUGUGCUCGCCAUCCAGGGCGGCACUGCUCACAGGACGGCUGCCCAUCCGCAAUGGCUUCUACACCACCAACGCCCACGCCAGAAACGCCUACACACCGCAGGAGAUCGUGGGCGGCGUCCCAGACUCGGAGCAGCUGCUGCCGGAGCUUCUGAAGAAGGCCGGCUACGUCAGCAAGAUCGUCGGCAAGUGGCAUCUGGGUCACAGGCCCCAGUUCCACCCCCUGAAGCACGGAUUUGAUGAGUGGUUUGGAUCCCCCAACUGCCACUUUGGACCUUAUGACAACAAGGCCAGGCCCAACAUCCCUGUGUACAGGGACUGGGAGAUGGUUGGCAGAUACUAUGAAGAAUUUCCUAUUAAUCUGAAGACAGGGGAAGCCAACCUCACCCAGAUCUACCUGCAGGAAGCCCUGGACUUCAUUAAGAGACAGGCGCGGCGCCACCCCUUCUUCCUCUACUGGGCUGUCGACGCCACGCACGCACCCGUCUAUGCCUCCAAACCCUUCUUGGGCACCAGUCAGCGAGGGCGGUAUGGAGACGCCAUCCGGGAGAUUGAUGACAGCAUUGGGAAGAUGCUGGAGCUCCUCCACAGCUUGCACAUCGCGGACGACACCUUCGUCUUCUUCACAUCGGACAACGGCGCUGCCCUCAUUUCCGCCCCCGAACAAGGUGGCAGCAACGGCCCCUUUCUGUGUGGGAAGCAAACCACGUUUGAAGGAGGGAUGAGGGAGCCUGCCCUCGCAUGGUGGCCGGGGCACAUCGCCGCAGGCCAGGUGAGCCACCAGCUGGGCAGCAUCAUGGACCUCUUCACCACCAGCUUGGCCCUUGCGGGCUUGACACCGCCCAGCGACAGGGCCAUUGAUGGCCUCAGCCUCCUUCCUACCCUCCUGCAGGGCCAGCUGAUGGACAGGCCCGUCUUCUAUUACCGUGGCGACACACUGAUGGCGGCCACCCUCGGGCAGCACAAGGCUCACUUCUGGACCUGGACCAACUCCUGGGAGAACUUCAGACAGGGCAUCGAUUUCUGCCCUGGGCAGAACGUUUCAGGGGUCACGACUCACAACCUGGAAGACCACACGAAGCUGCCCCUGAUCUUCCACCUGGGACGGGACCCAGGGGAGAGGUUCCCCCUCAGCUUUGUCAGCGCCGAGUACCAGGAGGCCCUCGGCAGGAUCGCGUCAGUCGUCCAGCAGCACCAGGAGGCCUUGGUCCCCGGGCAGCCCCAGCUCAACGUGUGCAACUGGGCGGUCAUGCCCCAGGGACCUUCGCGUCAGACCUGAUCCCACUCAUAGGCACCCAGAGCAGCACCUCCGUGCGGCCUGACAAGACCAGGCCUUGUUCACCUCCAGUAGAGAAACGGCCUCAUCACACCAGCAUCAGCCAGAAACACAAGCACAGACGUGCCUCCAAAGUUUCACUGAAGUCUGUGUUCAAGCCACAAAGGAUGCGUCUCCUUGUCCAGCCCUGGGGCUGCAGCAGUCAGGGCCUCUCAGGAGCAGCUUUUCUAUCCCCUGCUUGGGGGUCCCAUGGGGUGGUGUGUGGACGGCCCAGCCAUCCCGCGUGUGCAGUGGCCGCAAAGGCAUGUUUCCCAGCACAGCUGAUGUGGGUCCCGGCAGGGCAGGCCUUCACAGCUCCUUCAGUUGGGACACAUGCGGCGCUCACUCCAGUCGGCAAAAACGGGCCACACAGAGGUCUGCAGUGUCGCUCCUGGAUGCCCAGAGCCCACCCAGCACAGUGGAGAUGGCCGAGCCUCGAGGCCCCUGGGCCCCUGGGCCCCUGGGCCGUCGCUCACCUGUUUACACGGGCUGGGCGUUGCUGCCCACAGCCCCUGGAUCCGCCGAGUGAAACCGCAGGAUUCGGGAAGAGGGCCCCUCGGCAGCUGCAGACUUCAGCCUGGGCUUCUGCUGUGCGGGCGAAAAGGCCCAGUUGAAGCCUUUUUCCAGGGCCAGACCCGGCUGCAGCGUGGGAGCUGCUGGGUGCCCGCCGUGCCGUGGGAAGGAAGGUGGUGGCCCUGAACAGCCAGGGAGCCACAGCGUGGGCCGGCGCGUGUAACAGGAGAGCACCGGACAUCGGGAGCACCUCCCAGCAGUGAGGACCAUGGAGGGCAGAUGGCCUUGUCCCUGCCCAGGGACGGUCCACCCUGCAGGGGUUCUUUAGGACUGGGCAGGGCCACCUCCGUUAGUUGUGGGGCGGGGGGGGGUGCCUGGCAAGUUUCAUAGGAAGAUAUUCAGGGCCAUUCCUUCAAAGGGACCUGGGCAGCUGGCGUCCCCGCCUCUGGACUCAGUGGUGGAGCAGCCAGGUCCCUGUCUCAGGACCCCUGAGUCUCGGGCCCCGGUAGCCCAGGGCCGCCAGCCAUGGAGGAGCCCUGGCCUUCUGCCCUCCACACCCAAUCCCAGUCCGUGCUGCUGGGUCCUUCUCUACGACCCAGGCUGCAGUGGCUCCCCGGGCGCAGGCCACACCAGCCAUGGAGACAGUGGGCACAGGGCAGGGGAGGUGGCGCACACGGCCUGGCUGCCGCUGCCAUCUCCUGGGCACUGGGGGAACUGCCCCCACCGCCACACCUGUGCCCUCUGCAGGGGGAAAAGUGGUGCCAACUCAGACCUGGCGAGCUGCGCCACUGGGGUCUGAGGGGCCCAGACACCACCGUGAGCAGAGCCACGGGAGAGAUGCACAGACACGCGUGUGAAGCCUGGAGGCCACUCACCCUCCUCACCCCUUCCCUGCCCUCUGUCCCCGCCAACUCCAGGCCAGCCCCAGGCCAGGGGCUCAGUGGUGUCUCUGGCACAGAGGAGAGGGAGUCUGGCCACCUGGACCCCUGCUCCUGGGACAGCUGAGCAGCCUUCGAGAAAUGCAGAUCCCCCACCCAGACACACACACACCCUGCGGCUGCCUCUGCUGCCCCUGGAGUUUGGGAGCAGCUUCCUCACCCAAACCCACCCCUGCUCUGGUGGCCAAGGGGGCAGGGACACUCAUGUGGCAUCCCCGGCUGCCGCCCAGGGCUGGAGAGUGUCCUUAGUCCUCUGAGCAGCACCCAGAAUCCAAAGUCUGUCCCAGGAAAGUGCCCUCAGGGUCAUGCGGCAUCUGACGUGGCACAGAGGUGGCCUGGACGAGGACACAGAAUCAUACUGCACUCAUUUCAGCCAAGAAGGCUCCUCUUAGCGGCAUAAGUCUCCCUUUCUGUUGCCAGGAAAAGUGCCCUCCCACCAAGCAAGGCUUCCACUAAGCGAGGCUGCGCUGUGAGGUCCACACACACCCAGGUGGUGGAGGGGUGCAGGCUCCGCUCAGCACUGCACUGAACUGAGCCCAGCGGUGCAGUAGGGACCGGCUCCUCCCUGGGAAAGCCUUCUUGAGAGGCUGAAGCUGCAGGAGAGGGUGAUGAGUUGAGAGGCUCAGGGUGGGCCCUCCUGGGAGGACUGCCUGCCCUUUCUAACACCACUGGCCACACGGAGGUCCUCAGCCACUUGGCAGCUGCAUCCCCCAUACCCGGGACCUCCCCGCCAAGUUCUCAUUCCUCCAACCGCAGCCUUCAGAGCUGAGAGGCCGAGUCGAGAGGGCGCCAUCUCCUGAGUUCCCAUGAUUCCGGGGGAGGCGUCUGUGUAGCUGCCCACCUGGACCGAGGUGGUCUCCACUGAGGCCAAUGGGAUGGGAGUCCGGGGUUGACCUGGGCAGGGGACACAUGAAAACUGCUCGAGGCCAAGCGCGGUGGCUCACGCCUAUAACCCCAGCACUUUGGGAGGCCGAGGCAGGCGGAUCAUCUGAGGUCAGAAGUUUGAGACCAGCCUGGCCAACUUGGGAAACCCUUGUCUCUACUAAAAAUACAAAAAUGGUUGGGCGUGGUGGCUCACACCUGUAAUCCCAGCACCUUGGGAGGCCAAGGCAGGUGGAUCACGAGGUCAGGAGUUCAAGACCAGUCUGGUCAAGAUGAUGAAACCCCAUCUCUACUAAAAAUACAAAAAUUAGCCAGGCGUGGUGGCACGUGCCUGUAAUCCCAGCAGCUGCUCAGGAGGCUGGCUGAGGCAGGAGAAUCUCUUGAACCCGGAAGGCAGAGGUUGCAGUGAGCCAAGAUCGUGCCACUGAACUCCAGCCUGGGUGACAGAGCAAGACUGUCUCAAAACAGAACAGCAACAACAAAAUGCUCGUUGCUGCUGGGUCCACAGAGCUUGGAAUAACUGCAUGUUCUUUUUCUCAAUUUUCAUUUCCCAGAACUGGGCACCUCCGGGCUGUGAAAAGUUAGGGAAAUGUCUGACUCCUCCAGAAUCCAUUCCCAAGAAGUGCCUCUGGUCCCACUAGCGCCUGCGCGGACCCAGGCCAGGCCUGGAAUCUCCGGUUGGCCCUGCAAGUGCCUGGAGGGAGGACGGCUCUGGCCUCGGUGCUCCCCCAACCCUGCCCAAGCCAGACAGACGGCACCUGCAGACGCAGAGGCCCUGCACAGCUCCACCUGCAGGAACGGACCCUGCAGACGCGGGGGGGCUGCACAGCUCCACCUGCCGGACCUGACCCUGGGGUGUGCUCGGCCUUCCUCGCCCACGUCGCCUCAGGCCUCAGGACCCUGCCGUCUCACGCCUUUGUGAACCCCAAAUAUCUGAGACAGGUCUCAGUUUAUUUUGCCAAGGUUAAGGAUGCGCCCAUGACAGCCUCAGGAGGUCCUGACAACAGGUGCCCGAGGUGGCUGGGGAUACAGUUUGCCUUUAUACAUCUUAGGGAUACGUAAGAUCAGUACGUGUGUGACGUACAUUGGUUCAGUCAGCCUUCCACUGAAUACACGAUUGAGUCUGGCCCAGUGAAUCCGCAUUUUUAUGUAAACAAUAAGGGAAUGGAGCAAUCAGAUAAGCGUUUGUCUCAGGGAAGCCCCAGAGGGAUGACUUCCAGUUCUGUCUGUCCUUUGUCCACAAGGAAUUUCCUUGGGCGCUAAUUAUGAGGGAGGCGUGUAGCUUCUUAUCAUUGUAGCUAUGUCAUGUAGAAAUAAAACGGGAGGCAGGUUUGCCUAAUUCCCUGCUUGA